GAAGGAUCUGUAUAGAGAGGAAAGGGUGUGUGUACAUAGAAGCGCCCUUUUCUCACCCUUCUCCAUCUCUCUCUCUCUCUCUCUCUCGGACUGACGGGGUGUGGUGUGGUGUUUUGUUGGUGUUGGUGUUGGUGUUGGUGGAGAGAGAAGCAAAAUGUUGCGACCAGCGAGCAAGGGUUACAGCAAUGGAUACCACUACCACCACCAAAACGGUAGUGGUGGUUCACUGAGCCGGAGGGGCAAUAGGGUUCGCAGGUCUCGUGACUACGGAGGAGAUGGCUCUGCAACAACUAGGGUUUCUGCCUCCGACAGAGACAUGCCUCCCCCUUCUCCUCCUCCUCCUCCUACCGACUUCGACAUGGCCUACUUCCACUCUUAUGCUCACGUUGGUAUUCACGAAGAGAUGAUCAAGGAUCGCGUGCGAACUGAAACUUAUAGAGCCGCAGUUAUGCAGCAUCAGAAUUAUAUAGCAGGAAAAGUUGUAGUGGAUGUUGGAUGUGGCACGGGCAUUCUUUCUAUUUUUUGUGCUCAAGCAGGUGCCAAACGGGUCUAUGCAGUGGAUGCUAGUGACAUUGCAGUGCAGGCGAAUGAAGUUGUGAAGGCAAAUAACCUAUCCGACACAGUCAUUGUUUUGCAUGGACGUAUAGAGGAUGUUGAAAUUGAUGAAGAGGUUGAUGUUAUAAUUUCAGAGUGGAUGGGCUACAUGCUUCUGUAUGAGAGCAUGCUAGGGAGCAUUAUUACUGCCAGAGACCGUUGGCUAAAACCUGGAGGUCUUAUUCUUCCUUCGAAUGCAACGUUGUACAUGGUUCCCAUCACACAUCCUGACAGAUACACUGAAAGCAUUGAUUUCUGGCGCAACGUCUAUGGGAUUGAUAUGUCUGCUAUGUUACCGUUAGCAAAGCAGUGUGCAUUUGAAGAGCCAUCUGUUGAAACAAUAUCCGGUGAAAAUGUUUUGACAUGGCCACAUGUGGUAAAGCACGUGGACUGCUAUACAAUUACAAGUCGUGAGCUAGAAUCAGUUACAACAAGUUUUAAAUUUAAGUCAAUGAUGCGGGCUCCGUUUCACGGGUUUGCUUUCUGGUUCGAUGUUGAAUUCAGCAGCCCUGCAAUAUUCCCCACUGACAAUAAUGCACCAUCUUCAGUUAUCGAGUCUCCGACUGAUCAUCCUAUCGAUGGUAGUCAAAGGAAGAAGCGUGCAAAUCCCAAUGAAGCACUUGUGCUGUCUACUGCACCUGAGGAUCCUCCAACACAUUGGCAACAGACAUUGAUCUACUUUUACGAUCCAAUAGAGGUAGAACAAGAUCAAGUUAUUAGUGGAUCUGUAACAUUAUCACAAAGCAAAGAAAACCCUCGAUUCAUGAAUAUUCAUCUUGAAUACGCGUCAGGUGGGCGUGCGUAUGUCAAAGAGUCAGUAAUGCGAUGAUCCUCUCCAUAAUUAUACGUGUUUGCAGUGGUUCAUUGAAGUUAAAGCUCAAAUGACCUUUCCCUGGGCUACACACCCUGCAGAAUUUACCUGUUGAAUCUAAUUGAAAUGUAACAGUUUUCAGAGGGUGAAUUGAUGGCUUUUAUCUAUUUUUAAACUAAACUAACGACAAACAUGGUUGUAGGUGUAUCGGUUUUUAGGUAGAUUUUAUGGUGAACCCUGCUGGUGGUGUUCUGAGAA